AUGCAUCUUGAAGUUUCGUUAUCCACUUUGAGACAACCAUUGCAACUUCUUUCGCUUAUAAACAUCAGUUUUAUUUCCAAUUGUUACUUUGCAUACCGUUAUAUCGAUAUUAAUGUUUCUCAGCCUAAGGCUCUUGUGGCUGGUGCCAUCCUUCUCGCUAUGACCAAUAACAUCUUUCCUCAAUUUGCCCCUCGAUCUACCCCUGGUUCACAUUUCAACCCUGGUUCAACAUUACCGUAUAAUUCUGACGUUAGAAGUAACCAAUUGAGUGUAGUAAUUUCUCCUACUGAAACUUCUUCGCCUAUACAAGCUAAUAAAACUAUAUACCUCGGUCAAACUUCAAUGCAACAAACUUCAAUGCAACAAACUUCAAUGCAACCAACUUCAAUGCAAAAUUAUUAUUCUAAUGGUUCUUUACCUUCAACAUCUGCUCAAACAACUUACCUUGGAAUGACUCCUGUACAAAAUCAAAAUUCAACUACUAUUCCGUCUUUGCAUCAAUCAACAUAUCAUGAAAAUGAACAGCAUUCUAAUAUUGUAAUAGACGAAUAUCAAUUUAGAGCUAAAGCUAUGUAUGAUUGUAAUCCCGAAGAUCGUACCGAGCUCUCAUUUGUUAAAGGCGAUUACCUUGACAUUGCUAGUAAAGAAGGUAAAUGGUGGCGUGCAAGAAAGGCCGAUGGUACAACUGGCAUUGCACCAAGUAAUUAUGCGGGUAAAACUUUAAGAAUGUAUUGGUUUGUUCCUGUUCUUGUAUCUAUAAUGGCUCUAUUUAAACAUUUUUUGAACAAUGUUAAACUUUUUUUAUAG